AGAAAAAAUCGAGAGACAGAACAUGAGAGCGUACUUGAAGGCAGCUAUAAAGCUCCAACAUCAACCUUUUCAGCAUCUCCUCUCUCCAGUAUUCAGCAGCCAUACUACAAUUUCAAAAUCUAUUACCUUCACGUUUCGAAACGUACCUCAACCACCUCCUCGUUUUUAUUGUAAAGCAAUGGGAACAUCAUCUCCUACCACACCGGCACCGGCACCGGCACCAGCACAAGCACAAAUUAAUGUAGUUAAGGAUACAAUUGAACUAACUGAAAUUGAGAAGAAGAUUUUUGAUCGCCUCCUUAAUACUCUCCGUCACUUUCAUCUCCAGACUCAGCUCCGUGUUGCCGGCGGUUGGGUUCGCGAUAAGCUUCUAGGGAAGGAUUGCUAUGACAUUGAUAUUGCUAUUGACGACAUGUUAGGAAGUGCAUUUGUUGAAAAAGUUCAGGAAUACUUGUUAUCAACUGGAGAAGAGCCCGGGGGACUUUGUGUUAUUCCGCGCAAUCCUGACCAGUCCAAACACUUAGAAACUGCAAGGAUGCGCCUUUUUGACCUGUGGAUUGAUUUUGUUAACUUAAGGUGUGAAGACUACACUGAGGAUAGUCGCAUUCCCACAAUGAAAUUUGGCACAGCAAAAGAGGAUGCAUUUAGGAGGGAUUUAACCAUCAACAGCUUGUUCUACAAUAUUAUAACCAAGUCAGUUGAAGAUCUUACUGAAAGAGGCAUUGAGGAUCUGAAAUCUGGAAAAAUAGUAACUCCUCUACCUCCUAAAGCUACUUUCUUGGAUGAUCCACUUCGAGUUCUUCGAGCUAUUCGCUUUGGUGCAAGGUUUGAGUUCAUUUUAGAUGAAGAACUCAAAGUAGCUGCUUCAUGCGAUGAUGUGAAAAAUGCUCUUGGAGCUAAAAUUAGCAAAGAACGCAUUGGAAGUGAAAUCGAUCUCAUGAUUUCUGGAAAUCGGCCUGUUAAAGCUAUGACAUAUAUUGAUGAUCUGACAUUAUUCUGGGUUGUCUUUGCUCUUCCUCUGAAGGUUGAGCCGGCUUUAUCUGAAGGAUGCAACAGGCUAUGUGUUGCUUACUUGGAUGCUACAUGGAACCUUAUUCAAUUAAUUCGGCCUUCUUCCUUCACUGAUGAACAGAGGAGACUCUCUUUGUAUUCUGCUUUAUUUCUUCCACUCAAAAAUAUUACAUACAUUGAGAAGGGUAAAAAGACUCCUGUUGUGAACUUCAUUUUCAAAGACUCUCUAAAGCAAAAAGCUAGUGAUUCCGAAACAGUUAUGAAAGUACACAAGUCAUUAGACAAAUUCUUGAAGUUGAUUCCAUUAAUUACAUCAAAUGACAACAAUCAGCCUGUUGAAGUUGACUGGUUACCAGAACUUACUGAUGUACCCUUCUCAUCAAAUCUUCGAGUAUUGGCAGGAUUUUUGCUGCGAGAGGUUAAAGAUUUUUGGCGAGUCGCUUUGUUGAUGUCUACAAUGCUAUAUCCCACCAACAUCGAUUCUACUCAAGAUUUUUUGGAUAAGCAGUAUCAACUUGACAAAAGUAGUGAACUAUUUAAGACAGUCGAGGGUGCCAUUAUUAAACUAGGUCUUGAAAAAAGCUGGGAUGUAAAACCGUUAGUUAAUGGGAAAGAUAUUAUGAGUGUUCUGCAGCUUAAAUCGGGAGGGCCACUUGUUAGGGAGUGGCAACAAAAAUUACUCGCAUGGCAGCUUUCCCAUCCGACAGGAACUACUGAGGAAUGCCUUGAUUGGAUGAAGGAAACACAUUCGAAGCGGGCAAGAACUGAUUAACUUAGCGAUAUAUCUUGACUUGCCAAAAUAGCUCGUAGGAACUGACAUGGCUGCUGCUUUUGCGGGAUGCGUGGUCUUGGAAAACAUUGGCCGGCUGAAGUCUUGGAUCUUUGCGUAAGCUGCUCAAGUAUUUAUAUAGUUAGGUACUAACAGAUAAUGUUAACAACAACAACAGAUUCGUCGAGUUUCAAAUAUGUCAUCGAGCCUGAUUUAGAGAACAAAAGUAUUUUAUUACAUGCACUGACCGUGCAGUGUUUUUUUUUUUUUUUUUAUAAUUGGGAGGGCAAGCGCUUGUGGGAGGAAAUGAACCCACGACCUUGACAGUUUGCUGUCCAGCGUUUAUAUUAUUUGAGCUACAACUCGUUGGUACUGACUGUGUAGUGUUGGUGCACCUUUGUAGAGUUUGGUUACUGGGAUUGAAUAGAGAUAGAUAUUAAUAAAUUUCUUUAGUAUAAAUUUUAUUUUAAAUGAA